CAACAUGGCGGCGCCGUGGCGGCGGCGCGGCCGCUGAGGGAGGCGCGUCCCUUCCGGGUGGUGCCGCGGGCCCGAGCGCCCGCCCGGCUCUUGCCCCCGCCUCGUCAUGCAGCCACCGACUCACGAGCAGGACGCCCGCACUAAGAGCAUGUUCGUGUCGCGGGCCCUGGAGAAGAUCCUGGCGGAGAAGGAGGCGAAGCGGCCCCCGCACGGGCAGCUGCGGAGAGCCUGCCAGGUGGCGCUGGAUGAAAUAAAAAAUGAGCUGGAAAAGCAAAGAGAAGGCACUGCUGCUCCACCAAAAGCAAAUUUCAUUGAAGCAGAUAAAUAUUUCCUUCCAUUUGAGCUGGCCUGCCAGUCAAAGUCUCCACGCAUUGUCAGUACUUCCCUGGAUUGUUUACAGAAACUCAUUGCAUAUGGGCACAUCACUGGCAAUGCUCCGGACAGCGGAGCGCCCGGAAAACGGCUGAUUGACCGAAUAGUGGAAACCAUUUGCAAUUGCUUUCAGGGUCCUCAAACAGAUGAAGGAGUACAACUGCAGAUAAUUAAGGCUCUUCUCACUGCAGUAACAUCUCCAUAUAUAGAAAUUCAUGAAGGAACAAUUCUUCAAACUGUUAGAACCUGCUACAACAUCUAUCUAGCCAGUAAAAAUCUUAUUAACCAGACAACUGCCAAAGCUACCCUUACACAGAUGCUAAAUGUAAUUUUUACACGGAUGGAAAACCAAGCUUUGCAGGAGUCCAGAGAAGCAGAGCGAACGCAGAAGCCGCAGUCCCCCGCAGUGGCGGGGCCGCGGUCCCCAAGGCCGGGGCAGCGGCAGCACAGCUCCUGGGGAGGCAGGGCUGGCACCGCCGGCACCGUGCUGGCCAAUGGGGAGCCCAGCGAUGGGGAGCCUGGCCCUGCGGAGCCUGGCCCUGCGGAGCCCGGCCGCGGGGAGCUGCAGCAGGCCCCCACCAUGCUGGCGGCAGAGGAAACGAUUGAUGGAGGAAAGGAAAUGGUUCAAGGCAUCUUGGAAGAUGUGGUGGAUUCAGCUGUGAAAGUGGCUGAAGAAAAGCAGGUAGCAGAACCUGCCGAGGCUCUGCCUGCAUUAGAGACUGCGGAUACUCUUCUUUCUGGCUCUAGCAAUGAAAAUGUACAAACAAAUGGGAUUCCAGAUGAUGGGCAGUCUGUUUCCUCUGCUGAUAAUCUGGAAACAGAUGUAUCUGGACAUCAAGCUGCUGCCAGAUUUUCCCAUGUUCUACAAAAGGAUGCCUUCCUUGUGUUCAGGUCAUUGUGCAAGCUCUCCAUGAAACCACUGGGGGAAGGACCACCAGAUCCCAAAUCACAUGAAUUGCGUUCCAAGGUUGUGUCUCUCCAGCUGCUUCUCUCAGUGCUGCAGAAUGCUGGUCUGGUUUUCAGGACACAUGAAAUGUUCAUCAAUGCAAUCAAGCAAUAUCUUUGUGUAGCAUUAUCUAAAAAUGGAGUCUCUUCUGUUCCUGAUGUGUUUGAGCUCUCUCUUGCCAUCUUCCUCACACUGCUUUCAAAUUUUAAGACCCAUUUAAAAAUGCAGAUUGAGGUGUUCUUCAAAGAGAUCUUCCUGAAUAUUCUAGAGACUUCUUCAAGUUCCUUUGAACACAAGUGGAUGGUGAUUCAGACUUUAACUAGGAUUUGUGCAGAUGCCCAGUGUGUAGUGGAUAUUUAUGUAAACUAUGAUUGUGAUUUAAAUGCUGCUAAUAUAUUUGAACGUCUUGUAAAUGAUUUAUCCAAAAUUGCACAGGGACGAAGUGGGCAUGAAUUGGGAAUGACACCUUUACAGGAACUAAGCCUGAGGAAAAAAGGACUUGAAUGUUUGGUUUCUAUUUUAAAAUGUAUGGUAGAAUGGAGCAAAGACCUUUAUGUGAACCCCAAUCAUCAGACUAGCUUGGGUUCAUAUAAACCAUCUGAACAGGAAAUGGCUGAAGGUAAAUGCCUGGACACUGGAGGGAGACGGAGUAGUGUCAGUUCCUUGGACUCCACUGUAUCAUCAGGAGUCGGAAGUGUUGGUACCCAGACUGCUGUCCCAGAUGAUCCAGAGCAAUUUGAAGUCAUCAAGCAACAAAAGGAAAUAAUUGAACAUGGGAUAGAACUGUUUAAUAAAAAGCCGAAGAGAGGAAUACAGUAUCUACAGGAGCAGGGAAUGCUUGGCACUACAACAGAGGACCUGGCACAAUUCUUGCACCAAGAGGAACGCCUCUGCUCUACUCAAGUAGGGGAAUUUCUUGGGGAAAGCAGCAAGUUUAACAAGGAAGUGAUGUAUGCCUAUGUAGACCAGCUUGAUUUCUGUGGAAAAGACUUUGUCUCUGCUCUGCGUAUAUUUCUGGAAGGUUUCCGUCUGCCAGGUGAAGCCCAGAAGAUUGAUAGAUUAAUGGAGAAGUUUGCUGCUAGAUAUAUUGAAUGCAACCAACGGCAAACACUAUUUGCUAGUGCAGACACUGCCUAUGUUUUGGCAUACUCCAUUAUAAUGCUGACUACAGACUUGCACAGUCCACAGGUAAAAAAUAAAAUGACAAAGGAGCAAUACAUUAAAAUGAAUCGAGGAAUCAAUGACAGUAAAGACCUGCCAGAAGAGUAUUUAUCCACAAUCUAUGAAGAAAUAGAAGGAAAGAAGAUUGCGAUGAAAGAGACAAAAGAAUAUGCAAUUACAACCAAGUGUAGUAAACCAAGUGUAGCUAAUGAGAAGCAGCGGAGGUUGUUGUACAACUUGGAAAUGGAACAAAUGGCAAAGACAGCCAAAGCCCUCAUGGAGGCAGUGAGCCAUGCAAAGGCACCUUUCACCAGUGCCACUCACCUGGAUCAUGUCAGACCCAUGUUCAAACUUGUCUGGACUCCACUGCUGGCAGCUUACAGUGUUGGCUUGCAGAACUGUGAUGACCCAGAAGUUGCGUCGCUGUGUUUGGAAGGAAUACGCUGUGCCAUCAGAAUAGCCUGUAUCUUUGGAAUGCAGCUUGAACGAGACGCUUAUGUACAGGCCCUUGCUCGUUUUUCCUUGUUGACUGCCAGUUCCAGCAUUACAGAAAUGAAACAGAAGAACAUUGAUACCAUUAAGACACUCAUUACAGUUGCUCACACAGAUGGCAACUAUCUUGGCAAUUCUUGGCAUGAGAUCUUGAAAUGUAUUAGCCAGCUGGAACUGGCACAGCUCAUAGGAACUGGCGUGAAAACGCGGUAUUUGUCUGGCUCUGGGCGUGAGAAGGAAGGCAGCAUUAAGAGUUAUGCGUCUGCAGGAGAAGAGUUUAUGAGCCUGGGAUUCGGGAACCUCGUUGGGAGUGGGGCUGACAAACGGCACAUGGCGAGCAUCCAGGAGUCUGUGGGAGAGACCAGCUCGCAGAGUGUGGUGGUAGCAGUAGACAGGAUAUUCACGGGCUCCACGAGGCUGGACGGGAAUGCCAUAGUUGACUUUGUGCGGUGGCUGUGCGCUGUGUCCAUGGACGAGCUGGCGUCGCCGCACCACCCGCGCAUGUUCAGCCUGCAGAAGAUCGUGGAGAUCUCCUAUUACAACAUGAACCGCAUCAGGCUGCAGUGGUCGAGGAUUUGGCAUGUGAUUGGAGAUCACUUCAAUAAGGUUGGGUGUAACCCUAAUGAAGAUGUUGCCAUCUUUGCUGUAGACUCAUUAAGGCAGCUGUCAAUGAAAUUUCUUGAGAAGGGAGAGUUAGCCAACUUCCGCUUCCAGAAAGACUUCCUAAGGCCUUUUGAGCAUAUUAUGAAGAAAAACAGAUCUCCGACUAUUCGAGACAUGGUGAUCCGCUGUAUUGCUCAGAUGGUGAACUCUCAAGCGGGUAACAUUCGUUCUGGCUGGAAAAAUAUUUUUGCUGUCUUUCAUCAAGCAGCAUCAGACCAUGAUGGGAAUAUCGUAGAGCUGGCCUUUCAGACUACAGCACACAUAGUUACAAAUAUUUUUCAGCAGCAUUUUCCAGCAGCAAUUGACUCAUUUCAAGAUGCAGUAAAAUGCCUCUCUGAGUUUGCCUGUAAUGUUGCCUUCCCAGACACCAGCAUGGAAGCCAUCAGGCUUAUUCGCUAUUGUGCAAAAUAUGUCUCAGAAAGACCACAGGUAUUAAGAGAAUACACAAGUGAUGACAUGAAUGUGGCUCCUGGGGACAGAGUGUGGGUCAGAGGAUGGUUUCCUAUUUUGUUUGAACUUUCUUGUAUCAUCAAUCGUUGCAAGUUAGAUGUUCGUACAAGAGGCUUAACAGUGAUGUUUGAAAUCAUGAAGAGUUACGGGCAUACCUUUGAAAAGCACUGGUGGCAAGACCUGUUUAGAAUUGUGUUUCGGAUUUUUGAUAAUAUGAAACUCCCUGAGCAACAAACGGAGAAAUCAGAGUGGAUGACCACGACGUGCAACCACGCCCUUUAUGCCAUCUGUGAUGUGUUCACACAGUUCUAUGAAGCUUUGCACGAGAUCCUUCUUCCUGACAUACUUGCACAGUUACACUGGUGUGUAAAACAAGAUAAUGAGCAGUUGGCACGAUCAGGUACAAACUGCCUAGAAAACCUGGUAAUACUCAAUGGACAGAAAUUCAGCCCCGAAGUCUGGGGCCAGACAUGCAACUGUAUGCUAGAAAUCUUCAAAACAACUAUUCCUCAUGUCUUGCUGACAUGGAAGCCUGUAGGAAUGGAGGAAGAUUCAUCUGAAAAACACUUGGAUUUGGACCUAGAUCACCAGUCUUUAAGCAGCAUGGAUAAAAAUGCUUCUGAAAGAGGACAAAGCCAAUAUUCAAAUCCAACAGAUGAGAGCUGGAAAGGUGGUCCUUACACAAACCAGAAACUAUUUGCUGGCCUCCUGAUCAAGUGUGUGGUACAGCUGGAGUUGAUACAGACCAUUGACAACAUAGUGUUCUAUCCAGCAACAAGCAAGAAGGAAGAUGCCGAGCACAUGGCUGCAGCUCAGCGAGACACAUUGGAUGCAGUUAUCCACAUUGACACAGAAGACCAAGGAAUGUAUAAAUAUAUGUCUUCACAUCACCUUUUUAAGUUACUGGAUUGUCUGCAAGAGUCUCACUCAUUUUCAAAAGCCUUUAAUUCAAAUUAUGAGCAACGAACUGUGUUAUGGAGAGCAGGGUUCAAGGGUAAAUCAAAACCCAAUCUCCUAAAACAAGAGACCAGCAGCCUGGCAUGCUGCCUGAGGAUCCUGUUCCGGAUGUAUGUGGACGAGAGCCGGCGGGAGGCCUGGGACGCGGUCCAGCGGCGGCUGCUCAGUGUGUGCAGUGAAGCCCUGGCGUAUUUUAUUACUGUCAACUCGGAAAGCCACAGAGAAGCCUGGACCAAUCUCCUGCUGUUGCUUUUAACAAAAACACUAAAAAUCAGUGAUGAUAAGUUCAGGGCGCACGCUUCCGCGUAUUACCCGUACCUGUGUGAGAUCAUGCAGUUCGACCUGAUCCCCGAGCUGCGGGCGGUGCUGCGCAAGUUCUUCCUGCGCAUCGGGCUGGUGUUCAACAUCUGCACCACGGGCGAGCAGGCGCGCACAGCUGGCACGAGCCUGCCUUCCUGGUAGCUCCCGGUGAGGCUGUUGCACCGGCCUGUACGUAAAGCUGUGUCCAGAGAUGGAUUGAAGUGGAUGGGGAAAAAAAGGGACCCUGGUGUAUCACCACAGGAGCAAGUUAUUCUUACCACAAUGGCAUUUGGGAACGAGGAAAAUAAUCCUGUUCUGUCCAUCCUACAGAAGUGUCAGCAGUUUUAUUUAAAUUAUUGCUUACAGAGUCUAUACAGUAGAUGUGCAAGUCUCUUUGUUUCAGUGCUAAUCAUUUGUAUGAUCCAGUAUGUCUCUUCUAGUCUUUUAUGCACUGCUCAGUCUCUCAUCCCAGCUAGAGCUGAUAAAUCUGCUGGAUAUCUCCACAGACAUUAUGCCCCUUGGAACUAAUGACUGUAUUUGUGUAGCCUUGUGAUGUUGGCAAGUGUUCAUAAUAAACUUGACUGUGGUGGCCAGUGACCACCCGAGAUCCCUCUGGGUUUUCCUUUGUGUCCUGGACCAGGCCAGGCAGGGCACUGGGCUGUUGAAAUGGACAGCCUGGAGGAUAUUCAGAGAAGGUUUUCCUCCUGUGUAGCAAAUGACUUAAUUUUUUUUUUUUUUUAAUAUCAGUACUGCAUCUUCUGAGACUUUAGUUUUAUGGAAGAUUUUACAUCAGGAGCACCAAGAGCAUCUACUCCUUUAGCUUAUUAGGCUUGAGUUAAAGGCAGUUUAAGAAAAUGAAAAGGCAUUUCUUUUCCUUCCAUAUAUUGGCAGAUCAUAGAGCAUUCACAGGAACAUCAAAAACAAGGCUCAGAAGAAAUAAACCUACCUUUUUGACCCUUGAAUAUAAUUUAGCAGUAAUGGUGAUUGAUUAGCAAAAAGUCCAAUCCUUAACACAACUUUGCCUCCUUUUACUGCAGAUCUGCAAGUUCUGAUUUGUCAUUUUGUGCAAAUGAGUUUUGUUCUCAUUUCUCUUAGUUCCUAGUGGCAUCUAAAAACCCUGAAUUUCCAAAAAACUGCUCUAGCAAAAUUAAACAAGUUCAUUCACGUGCUCUAAAGUAACAACACAAUUCUGUGCUUUGAAGGCUUUCUGUGAAGCAAAAUGUGACGUGACACUACAGCUUUGUUUGCCCAAGAGAAUUUUCUUUCCUUGAAAUGCAUCACGUUUCUGUGACAAUGUUUCUAUGACAGGAUGCUGUCCUGGCCUUUGAAAUAAUUUUAAAUUUCAAGUUCAAAACUUUUCUAAACCAGGGAAGUAUGGCAAGAUAAGAGGUUCCACUUCCUAAAAUAAUGCAAACUAGUAUUAACUGCUGUGCUAUCCAGAGUAGCAAACUCAAAAUAUUAACAGUAUUGAAAGAAAAAAACAAACCAACAAACAGCAACACCAACCUACCUACUUGAGUGGAACUAAGUGUAUAACAUUACUUUCUUUUUUAAGUUGAGUUUCCUGGUAGGAUGGCCUCGGGUGAGGUUGUCUUUGGUUAUGCUGCUCUGAGCUGCUGGGAAUGUGCUGUCUUUGGAGGUUUUUUGUUUGUUUUUGGUUGUUGUUGGUUUUGGUUGUUGUUGUUUGUUUGGUUUGUGUUUUGUGAUCUUUUUCCCAAAGGGUUUUUAUGGUGCUCCUCAAGACAUCAGUUUGUCCUGUGUAAGCAUUGUUUGGGAAAGGUUUUACAGUCAGUAGUAGUGACAAAGCUUUCACAGUUUAUUUUCACUUUUUAUUUUUAACCAAAGAAGAGUGGUAGUUGUGGUUAUUUGAUUUUUAAAUGCCCAUUAGGUUAAAUCUAUACACUGCUAUUUAGUAGAAGGGAGUGAAUGGCUAUAUAUGAAAAUAGGAGAAGACUGAAAAAUAAGUAAUGCUGGUAUUUAACUUGCUGCAUUUGAAAUAUCCUUUUGUGUUGCAUCUCGUGUAGCUGCUCAUUCCCUGGGAAUGUCACUGCAUUGGGUACUGCAGAAAAUGAAGUAUUUAUUUUAAUUCUAUUAAAAUCUGUAAUAAUAUGCUAUUUCUUUUUUUUUCUGGUUGUAGGUAGUCCUAAGGAAAAUAUUUGAACCAUUAUUUUUCAGAUUUGGAAUGUGUUAUUGCCUCAUGGAAUGUGUUCCCUCAUGUCCCGUCAGACACACCUGGCCCAGCUGCAUGUGUCGCAGGUUUGAAAGCCCUACAGUCGUGUCUUGAAAAAAGUCUCAAUUUUGAGGUCUUAAAUGACUUCACAGUUGCUUCAUGGGCUUUCUUUAGUGUAAAGGGCAGCAUUUGUAGUCUCUCUCUGCACAUUGGAUAAAGAUAUUUAAUCCAUGCUUCCUUUCAGCCUUUGGUCUGAGACUGUUCUCCUUAAGAAAAGCUUUUGUUGUAUUUAUACCAGUUACAAACCCCUGAAGUUGGGCAUGUGAUAUCCAACCAUCUCAGGGUCUGCAGAGCAUGAAGGAGAAAGGGGCCUGGGAUGCAAUUGCAUUGUCAGAGCCCAACCCUGUCCUGUUCCUGCAGGCCCUGUCCCCAGCACAGCAAUAAUCAAAUAAUCAGGGGGUGCUCAGCUUCCUCCACAGCACUCGUGGGUUUUCCUCAGAGAGUCAGGAAGGGCCAAACCCACCUCCAUCCCAGCUCAGCUCAGCCCCUGCAGUGGUGCCAGCUGGUUCCUCCAUCCCAGCACAGCUCAGCCUCUGCAGUGGUGCCAGCUGGUUCCUCCAUCCCAUCCCAGCUCAGCUCAGCUCAGCCCCUGCAGUGGUGCCAGCUGGUUCCUGCAUCCCAGCAUAGCCCCUGCAGUGGUGCCAGCUGGUUCCUCCAUCCCAUCCCAGCACAGCUCAGCCUCUGCAGUGGUGCCAGCUGGUUCCUGCAUCCCAGCAUAGCUCCUGCAGUGGUGCCAGCUGGUUCCUGCAUCCCAGCAUAGCUCCUGCAGUGGUGCCAGCUGGUUCCUGCAUCCCAGCAUAGCUCCUGCAGUGGUGCCAGCUGGUUCCUGCAUGCCAGCACAGCUCAGCCUCUGCAGUGGUGCCAGCUGGUUCCUGCAUGCCAGCUCAGCUCAGCCCUCACAGCUGGCUCUGUGGAGAGCAGCACUGUGCAGUAGAGGGAGGCAGAGCAGUCACCCCUUGGACGGGCUGUGCAACAGAGGGAUGUCCAGGUCACCCACCUGUUAUGGCAGAAAUCCUCCAGACUCCAUUGCUUUGUUAUGAGUCAUUUCAGGCCUCCCAAGGGAAGGGAGGAGGAGAGGAUGCUAACGAGGAAAACCCUAAACCCUCCCUUUUGUGGUGAUUAAAAACUCCCUUCAUGUUGCUUCUGUUGUGUCUUACCGUCCAGGAAAAGGUUGUUUUUACAGCAGUUUGUUAUCCAUGUCUGGUACCUCACAUUCUAAAUGUGAACAGAACAAUCUAAACCAAUGUCCACUACUAAAACCAAAACCCCCUCAGGUUUUAUUUAGCUCAGUCUUAAUAUUCAGGAAAAAGAUUAAAAAUAGUAACUGUCAAAAAUGCAUCUCGCUUUAAUCUGUGACUUCAGUUUGUUCAGCACCUUUGUUUAAAACGUAUGUUUUCACAUAUUUAAAAUGCCUGAGUUUUAGUAUCUCUGUAUUAAGUGCAUUUACUAUCAAUAAUUUAAAGACUAUUCCUUGCCAAUGGAUGUAUAGAGUUCUGGGAGAAUACCAAAAUUAUAUAAUAUGAAAAACUAUGUAAAGUUUUCUACAUGAAAAUACAAUGUACAAUAGUUAUAAUAUUCCAUGCUUUAAUCAAGUGAUAAAUCAAUAAAGUUUUACGAAGUGUU